GCGGCAAGCGGUUCAACCACUGCGUUCAACUGGUUCAACAACACGAAUUUCCGACAGGUGGCACUCAGAGCAACUUUUUUUUUUUGUAUUAUUUAUUAAAUUUUCACAAGGAUGAUGGCGACUAUUUUCACUGGCGUACAGCUUACCUGUUGACAACCGCAAUCACUUUGGCGUGAAAUAUUAUGCGUUUGAAUGAUUUUCAACGCGUGGCACUUUGCUAAUGAAAAAAAUAAUAUUAUUCGGUUAACCCUUGAUUUUAAAAACUGAACUUUUAAUAGAAAAUUAAAAGUGUAAAGCGAUGUAGCCCUUAAUAAACCCUUAUAAUUUUAGUUAAAGAAAUCACUUCUACAUUUGGAAAUGCACGUUUGUCAUUGAAUAAAUCUCAUUCACUUAAAUGUCGCUUGUGGUUAAACUUAAAACAUUAAAGGUCUCGGGUGUUGUGAAGGUGGGGUAAUGUAAUGGGACAAAUGAUCACGACGUGGGGUCACCUAGAGGGUUUACUUCUUAUUAUUGCUGGUAAAAUACUCCCAUAGUGGAGAAUGGCAGUGCGGGUGACCCUGGAAUGCGGCCACACGUCGGUAUUACGUUCAAGAACUACUCCCGAGGGUUAUACCCACGAUUGGGAAGUAUUCCUAAGAGGAGUCGACAACGCUGACGUUCAUCACUACAUUGAGAAAGUAGUGUUCAUUCUUCACAAUACCUUUCCCAAGCCAAAACGAAUCAUCAAAGAGCCACCGUACGCAGUGCGCGAAUCAGGAUAUGCUGGUUUUGUUAUUCCGAUUCAGGUCUAUUUCAAAAACAAGGAUGAACCAAAGAAAAUUGAAAUAUCAUACGACCUCAACUUACAACAAAGCGGUCCAGCUAUCAAUAAGGUCAUUCGUCACGACGAGCUCAUCUCCAACCCAUCCAAUGAUUUUCGGAGAAAGCUUCUAAAGGGAGGAGCUACCAUCGUGUCAGGCUUGGAAGGUACAUUGGAUAAAGGAGAACCCCAAGCAACCGUUCCAAUGAUUGGAAAACCAAAGCUGAGUGGAACGGAUGGGAAAAAACAUCGUCCCCCAGAGCCGAAAAUCUCAAAUUCCUUCCAGGAUUUGUUUGGAGAGCCAAUUAAAACGGCCAAAGUUUCUCCAGACAAUAAAAAAAGUUUGCUUAUGGAUAAAGGAAUGAAUAUCAAACCAGCUGUUUAUACAGAAAAGGUUGAAAAAGCAGAAAAAACUUCAAAAGUAAAACAUAGUCCUUAUAAAGAGGGUAAAAAAGAAAAGAAUACAGAAGAGAAGAAAAGCGAUAAAAAAGAUAAAGACCAUUCUAGAGAACGAGAAAGAAGUAAGGAGAAAUCUAAGAGACCACAGAGUCCUGCAAUAAAAAGUAGUCACUCUAGUCCAGGUAAUAAAAGAGUUUCUUCUCCACUUCCGCCCAAGAAACCUCCUAGUCCUCCAUUACCUCCGCCACCAAAGCGACCUCUUUCUCCAAAAUCAAGGGAAAAAGAUGGAAAAAAACUAUCGCAUGAGAGGGAAAAGGACAGAGAGAAAGAAAAGGAGAAGGAUAAGUCAUCUAAGUCUUCUUUGGAUGGAAAUGGUAAAAGUGAGAAAAGGAAGGAACAGAAGAAGCAUAAAGAAGAUAGGGAUAAAGAAAAAAAGGACAAGCACAAGGAGAGAGAUAGAGACAAGUCUAAAGAGAAUACAAAGUAUACUGAUAAAAUAGAGAAACCCGAAAUAAAACAGGAGAAAACAGAGAGAAUAGAAAAGGUUGAAAAGCAGGUGGAAAAGCAGGAGAAAGUGGAAAAGGAGAAAUGCCAAGAAACCAAGAUACCGAAAGACGUUAGGAAGUCUCCAAAGCCUUGUAAAGAAGUUGAAAAGCCAAAGGAAGAUAGGGCGAUAAAAGUGGAGAAGCCAGAAAAAGUGGAGAAGGCGGAAAAAAGUAAGGAUGGAAAGGCUGAUAAAGAAAAACAGAAACACAAGCAUAAGAAACGAGACAAAAAGGAUAGAGGAGAUGGAAGCAAGGAAAGAGAGAAAAAAGAUAAGAAGGACAGAUCUAAAACUGGCGGAGGGGAAAAACACAAUAACAUCAGUAUUCCACCACCUCCUAAUCCCUUGUCUACCCUCUUAGCUGAAAUGCCGGAAAGGGAUAGCAGUGACUCGACACCUUCGCCUGAUGACGAUGCUCACUCUGACACAAAACAAGUUAUUAUGAAAAAAGAUUCGCCACCAACGACUCCGCUACCGACUGAGCAACCUAGACUUGCGUCUCCACCUCCACCGGCAGCAAAGAAAGAGAAGACUGAAAAAACGAAAAAAGAAAAGUCAAGAGGAAGUAGGGGUGAAGAAAGAGAAAGUAGAAAACGGAAGAAAAGAAGUAGCAGCAAAGGGGAUGACGAGCCAGCUGAGAAGGAGCCAAAGAAAGAAAAAGAAAAAGCACGCUCUCCUUCACUGCCACUUGAGCCCGUUUCUUCCAGUCAAUCUCCUGUGCUCAUGGACACAGAAUCGACGCAAUUGUCAAAAGCUAAAGGCGAGGAUGGAGAAGAAGAGAAUGCUAAGGAUGAAGAGGGCGAAGUGGAGCAAGUUGCUCCUGAUUCUACAAAUAAUAUAUUGGCAGAAGUAGACGCUGUUGACCCCCCUGUAUUCUCAGAAGCUUAUCUGUCACAGCUGAAGGAUCUGCAGCAAAAAAUAAUGACGCUACAGGACAACCAAGAACUACAAAGGGUAGUUCAGGUAAUUGCAGAGACGGGACAAUACGAAAUCACCAAGAAGACUUUCGACUUUGAUCUCUGUGCUCUCGAUCGGAGAACCGUGCAACGAUUGCAAAAAUUUUUUUCCAAAUCCUGACCAUCUAUUUCCUAAUUGAUUUACAUCUUCACUUCAAUUACGUACUAUUCAACACUUUGUAAACAAGGUCAUGCGUUCAGGAACAAUUAAAUGACUCUGUAGAUUACACCUUGCGAUUUUGUCUCACCCAAGCAGAACAUUACUUUGUUGAGUAAUAAUAGUAAUUUUAACAGUAUAACAUAAUUGUCGUUCGCUUUACAUGCAUUUAUUUCUUGAAUAUGCAAAACUAAAGUUUGAUUAUUUAGUAAGCUGCUUUGGUGUUGGAAAAUGAAAACCUCAAGUAUUUUUUUUGAAAAAGUGCGUAAGAUUCGACUUGUAAUAUAGGUAGAUUGUUUGAUCUCCAGUAAGAACCUGGUAAAAUGUAGACUUGCUUUUUAAAUUUGAGAUCAUCACAUAUUUAUUGUUAAUUUUUAUUAAUUACUUUACACCACACUAGUUCUGCAAAGCAAAUGAUUUAAUAAUUUAUUUAUGUUACUAAUAUGUAAUAUUAACAGUCAAAUCCUGAUAAUAUGAACAGCAAGAGAUCAUAUGAUCUUAAUCUGACUGGAUCUUGUUAUAACAAAAGUAGAACUUUGUUGCUAAUUUAACAUCACCUACAGUCAGGAUAGCUUGGUGUGAAUGCAGUUGUUUUAGCAGCAAUUUGUCAAUGCGUUGCUCAAUGAUCUGUCUUUCUCGGAAUACCCAUAAUCUCUAAUAAUGAUUUUAUUUACUUUGUUUCUAAUAACUGCAGGACAUGUUUAACAAAAGCUGCAUCAUAUAAACUAUGAUUGCUUGUUAGUUAACAGUGAAAUUAGUAUAAUACCACAGUCAUUAUUGAAUCGUGAUCACAUUUGUAUAAUAAUAAUUACCAUACACAGUC